AUGAUAGAACCCUCUGAAGACUCAUUUGAGACGAUGAUGGAGCUUAAGAAUCCAUCAUCAAAACAAAUGGAGUCCUCUGAGGGCUCAUCCAACACCGUUGAGGAGACACCAGGCAGCAGCGGGGCACAGGCGCAGGCAGAGCCAUCCAGUGGCCCAGUCCAGGAGGGAGAAGAGCCACCCAGUGGCCCAGUCCAGGAGGGAGAAGAGCCACCCAGUGGCCCAGUCCAGGAGGGAGAAGAGCCACCCAGUGGCCCCGUCCAGGAAAUGCAAGAGCUGCCCACCGAUUUACUCCAAGACAUGGAGGAGUCACCCAGUGAUUCAUAUGAGGAAAGUGAGUAUUCAUCCAGUGACCAAGACCUGGAGGGGUCCUACUAUAGCUCAGAUCCACUCAGUGAGGCAACUGAUGGCAUCGAUUCCCUGUCGGUCAACUCGGCAGAUGGCGAGACUGACCUGGAAGAUGAAAGUGGGGAGCUUGAAGACGAGGGUCAGCCCAGGAGCUCUCCAGAAGAGAUGAUGGCCGCGAUGGGCACCAUCAUUUCCAUGUUCCUCCGAAUGCAAGAUGUCAAACAACAGCAGAUAGUGACAGAGGAGCUCUUGACGCAGGCCAUCGAGGACGGCGAGCUGCCCACCAUCAGACGCUUCUCUGGAGAUCGAAGAGACUACCAUGAGUUCAUCGUGCUCUGCCAGAUGACCAUGCAAAGCCACCCAUCAAUGUUCUCCAAUGACCAGCUGCGAGUUAAGUUUGUCAUCCGCCAUCUGUCUGGCCUAGCCUUAGAGUGGGCCAACAACCUGGUCGAGCAGAACAGCCCCCUGAUAAACGACUUCACGGGCUUCCUGAACGCCAUGUCGGAAAUGUUCGAGUACCGGCAGACGCUACGUGUGGCCGAAGACGCCAUGUUCAGACUCAGGCAGGGGAACCGCAGCGUCGCCGAUUACAUCAAUGAGUUCCAGAGUCUGAUACCCACCUUGGGCUGGCCAGAUGAAGUCCUGCAGGCCCACCUGUGCCAUGGGCUCAAUGAAGACAUCAGGCACUAUCUGUUCCGGAUCCCUCAGCCGGAUUCCCUGGAGAACCUGAUGGUGGUCGUCCUGCAAAUUGAAGACAAGCUGGCAGAGAGGAGGGCAGUGCUCAGGCUGCCCCCCGAGUCCCGCCCAAGGAACAUGACCUGGAUCGACUCACCUGCCCCAGAGAAGUGGCGGGUGAGCAGCUGGCUGUCCCACAGGUACUAUCCAGACAUCGAUCGUGCCCACCUCUUCCUGCUGCUCAUGGUGAGGGUGAGCCCCUACCACAGCGUCGCAGUCCAGGCUCUGGUGGACUCCGGAGCAGAAGGGAACUACAUGGAUGAGAGGUUUGCCCAAGAACACUACGUGGAGCUCUAUGAGAAACCCUAUCCACAGGCAAUCCAAACCGUGGAUGGCUCUCUGAUUGGCAACGAACCCAUCUGGCUGUACACUGAACCCCUGAUGUGCAUCCAACAGAACCAUUACGAGUACAUUGAAUUUGACAUCGUACCUUCGCCCCACUUCUCUGUGGUCUUAGGCAUCAAGUGGCUCCGAACCCACGCACCUGACGUUGACUGGACCAGAGGCCGUUGCACCUUCCACUCUCCCUACUGCCUGAAGAAUUGCUUCCACCCACCCCCACCAUGCAUCGCACUGGAGAAAUACAGCAUGAGCCUGCUACCCGGAUUGCCGCACCCGUACUCAGACCUGGCCGACGUGUUUAACCCGAAGGAAGCAGAUGAUGAGACUUCCGACCAGCCAAGCUCAGACGGAUCCGAUGAUCUUUCUGAAUCAGAGCCCUCUGAGCUUCAGCAGGCUGGAGACAGAGAUCGAAACGACGUCUUUUAUGAGUGUCCUUCCAAGUUGUCUUUGGGAUCUGUGGCUGCCAGGAUGCAAGAAAGAGCCAGGCAGCAAGAGGAAUACUGGAUUUUGCAUGACAUGCUGAUGGACAGACAGGACUACAUACAGGUGAUACCAGAACUCUUUGACCAAUUACAUGGAGCUGUAUGGUUCACAAAACUGGAGCUGCGUAGAGACAUUCAGGGAACUGAUGAGAACUACAGCGUCACACGCACAGAAGACACAUGGAGAGCAACAUUUGGUUUGGGCAUUCACCAGAUGAGAUGCUACCGGCCCUUCACACUGUACUCAUUUGCUGACGAAUCUGAUAAUGAGAUUCACGCUGUCCUAAAAGACAUCCUAGGCUUCUACGUGAUUUGCCGUGGCAAAGAAGUCCUGAUCUACUCAAUGACCCAGGAGGAACACUUUGAGCAUGUCCGCCAAGUUCUGCUCCGCUUUCGCUGUCACCGUGUCUACUGCUCACUGGACAAAAGCCAGUUCCAUCGCCACACUGCAGAAAUCAUGGGCUUCGCACUAUCCCCCAAAGGGGUGAAAAUCAACAAGACCCUCAUGAAUCUCAUUACGGGGUGCCCUGUCCCUGGCAACAGGAGGUGCCUGCAAGCCAUUAUUGAACUCAUGUUUCCCUACCGCCACUUCGUGGAGCACUUCGCCAUCAUCGCAGAGCCCUUGGUGAGGCAGCUGCUAAAAUCCGAGCCUUUCUACUGGGGAGAAGAGGAGCAGGAGGCCUUCGAAUGCCUGAAGAGGGCUUUCCGCAAGGCACCCAUUCUCUACCACCCCAAGCCUCAGAACCCAUUCUACUUGGAAACGGGCGUCACUGGGUCAUUCAUGUAUGCCUCCCUGAUCCAAACUGAUGAAGAAACUGGCAAGAAAGCUACCUGCGCCUUCUACUCACGAAAACUCUCCCCAAUGGAGGUGGAUUACCCUCAAGUGGAGUUGAGGAUCCUUCCAAUUCGGGCUUCCUUCAUGGUGUGGUGCCGCUACCUGGAGAACACCGAGGAGCCCAUCAUGAUCCUUCUCAACACAGAGGAUCUAGCCUCUCUGAAUAAUGACAGGCUCACCGUACUUCUCCCCGGGCAUUGGGUCUUCUUCUUCUCUCACUUCAAUUUUGAUGUAAUGGAGUUGCCUGAUCAAGAUGACACCCGAGCCCUGUCCCAUCGGAGAAGUCGAAAUCAGAGAGGCUUCAGGGGCAGGUAUAUGCGGCCGCUGCUGCUGCUUGCCAUGAGGGGAGGUCAAAGGGACUCAUCCUCUGAGUCCGAGUCCGAGGACAGCGAAGACGAGUCAUAUCAAGAGUCGGAGGAGGAGUUGAAUCGGCAGAGCCUGGUGCAGGAGCUACUGUCCACCAUCCCGAUAGAGCAGAUUUUCAACAGUUUCCUGGCCCACUUAAAUAUGGCCCAGGUCCGGGCCUUCGUCCUCAACUUCUUCUAUUGUCUGCUCCGCUGGAAGAGUGUCGUGAGCGUGGCAGCUCUCCUGGUGAUGCUGAGGGUGAAGCAGCAACAAGCCCCUUCUCCACUGCCUGCCCCUUCUCUGGAGGUGGUCGGUCCUCCGCCCCGACACACACUCCGACUCAUCUUGGACUCGAGCCUCAUCGCAGGUAGUGGUAUGAUCACAGCCAUCAUCCAGUUGUUCAGCCAGAUGCCCCCUCUCCUGGGCGCCAACACCAUUCCAGCUCGACAGCUGGCUGAAAUGUUCCUGCUCCCCAGGUGCUGGCAGAGGAAUGCUCUGCAUUCCCAGCCCCCGCGGGGCCUGCGAUUCACCCCUGGGUUCUGGUUCACCCUGUGUCAGUUCUUCGGGAUCAGAGCCACCCCCGAGGAGGACAUCUUCCCAGACCAACUCGGGCAUCGAUACUUGGAGCUGCACGUCGUUGGUGAUGAAGAUGUCGUCUUGCGAGAAGCCCUGCAAGACGACCUGCAACGUUACCGUCAGUGUGGCCUGCAUGACGGCCUGCAAGACACCUCGCAGGACGCGCAGGACAACGACGUGCAAGAAGCCCUGCUUGGCGACCAAGAAGCGGUCACCUUCCGCCCACGAGAUCUGUUGGACCCAGAGGUCCUAGAUUUCCUUAACAACCGCCUACUCUACAUUCUGGGUGCCGAUGGCCGACUUACUCUGAUCAGCAGAGAUGAAGUGGCCCGGGCCCUCACACGAUUCCUGAUCAUGGCCUCCAGAGUAAGACCGCCUCCUCCACCCAGCAACACACUAUCUUCAUCAGAUGAUGAACUUGACUGAAAACACAACAAAGACUCUGCCUUCCUCCCUGUGCCUCAGCUAGCUUCGCUUCAAUCCAGCGCCCCCUUCUCGCCACUCCUGACCCAAGGGGAACCCAUUUGUGAAGGGCCACAACUUCAACUCAUCAACCAGCAACAUCAUAUCUGCUAGAGAACUAGUCGACUACCAGCGUUCCAGAACCAGCUAAGACUGUGUGUGUAACCCUGUCCAAACUGUCCAAGACUGUGCAACCCUGUCUUCACUCUCCAAGACUGCGCAACCCUAUCCUAACUGUCCAGGCCCCAAGCCCACAGCCGAGAGUGAGAGCAAUGAGAGGAGAAAGCAGUGAUGAGCAACAAUGACCCUGUCACCCCAGGCCAGAUGCAAAGCAGGCACAGCAGGCGCAGCCAAGCAAGCAAAUGCCAGGAACUCCACCACCACCCUAGUGGCGUGUGGUCACCUGUGCAUCCUUGGACACUGACCUCGGGUGCUCCACUGACUUCUACCUCCACACCGGUGCUCCAACUCCCCUGGGCCCCACCUCCACCCCCUCCCAACCUCCCAAGGUAUUGCAGCACCAUGCCUCCCCGAGCCCCAGUCCACCCUGCAAGCAAGUCCACCCCACACUACCCAUCUGGUCUGGCUCCCCUGACACUUCAGCUGACCCUGAACUCUGAACUCUGACCUUACCUGAGCAGAGCUGCUCCAUGGGGCAUCUGACGUACCAGUGUGACUUACCUGAUAGACUUGUCCACCUUAAGGUCCCCGAGACUCAGGGGACACCAAAAAAAAGAAGAUGGUACCACCAAGUGGGGCUCCCUUUCCCAAAACUGACAACUGGACAGUGCAGGGGCCAGAGACCCCACAUAAAGGAGGGAGCCCCCAAGGACACUGGUGAAGCCCCAGACACCCAGCCUACUGUGCCUUGGAGCCAAGAGUGCUCUGAGCAGACCACUGCUCUUUGUGAUGGGAAAGAGCUCCUUCCCGUAUUUUCCCACCCCACUUCUGCUUUUGCCCCACAAAUAAAGAGAAUAAAAGAUGAUCUGGCUUUGUGCUUUGUUCUAAUAGGGAGGGGGUGACAGCGAGAGAUAGGUUUGGGGAACAGAGAGCAUGGGGGCAGAAAGGGUGGAGCAUGUAGAGAGGGAUGGGGGUGGGCCAGUACAAGGGUGGGAGGGCAUGGGCAGGAAGGCUUGACUCGCUCGUAAACAGCUCAUGGAGAUUAAAGAGAGGGAAGCCACUCCACUCUCGCCCCCUCAAGCUCAUUCCAAGGGGAGCUGCACAUGGGAAGGAGACAUGGGGGCUCAUAGGGGCAGAGGGAAGGUGCCCCCAAAUCCCAGUCUUCCUCGAGUCAUAUGACAAAUGAGGAGCAGUCAGGCUGUGUUCUAUGCUCAUGGCUAAGGGGACACCACACACACAGCCUGGAACCAUUCCCACAGUUAGAAACAUUCCCAAUAAAAAAGGCCCGGAUCCCCACCCUAUAGCUAUCCUGAGGGUACAUUGGUCUGGGGGUAGGUAGGAGCCACAGGGGGAGUGGAAAUAAGGGGAGUAGCCCUCAUUCACAAAGUCUGUACCCCUACUCAGAAAUACCCCUUCUACAGGAAGUCUACAAAAUGGCUCUCCCAGUGUGACCUCAAGGAUAGCACAGAGAUUCAAUCCACAGGACCCUCAUAUCCAAGGGAUACUAGCUCAGCCCUUUACAUCCUGCCUGGAAAUCUGACCUCAAGUUAACUGCAAGAGACCUCCUCUGUCCUGAGAAUGUGUCAAGGUCCUGGAUACCCAGCGUGACAACCCAAUGUGAUCCCACCUAUAGCAACAUAGCUGAGCUUGGGGCCCAGAGAAAUAUCCCUGAGAGCCAAAGACCUCAUCCCUCCAUGCCCUCUCCAGCCCACACUGGGAUCCCUCUGCACUCGUGAGUCCUAAGGAGCAACUGGCUACUGGCUAGCCUCCUUAACGGGGAAUCUACCCCUGACAGCAGCACCAGGAGAUCAUGGGCAGGAUCCCUGGUUCAAGGUCAGGGGCUCAGCCUCACCUCAGCACUUUCUCCU